AUCUGAUAAACCUUUCACCAUUUUCAGCCUGAUAUGAAAUUCAUUAGCAAAUAAUUAUAACAUUAAAUAUCAAUACUCACCCAUACUCUGUUCAUUUUCCUGAAAGCGUAAAGAUCAUCAUAAAUCAUCAUGGAUGCCCUGAGGAAACAAGCAAGCAAGCUUCGAGAUCAAGUUGCCAAACAACAACAGGCUGUGAUAAAGCAGUUCAGCGCAAGUGGGUAUGAGCAUUCAGAUGUGAUGGUUAUUGAUGAACUGGAGUUGCAAAGACACCAGCAGUUGGAGAAGCUCUACAGGUCAACUCGUUCAGGAAAGGAUUUUCAAAGAGAACUGGUUAAAGCGGCAGAAGCUUUUACAGCCAUAGGUUAUAAGCAUAUAGAAGCAGGAACCAAGUUGUCUGAAGAAUGCAGCAAAUAUGGAGUGGAGAAUGCCAAUGAUGAAAUUUUGGCCAAGGCUGCAUCUAUAUAUGGUGAUGCACGUAAACAUGUGGAAAAGGAACAAGAAGACUUUACCAGACUCUUAUUUUCACAGAUUUUAGAACCCUUGAGAGCAAUGAUAAGCGGUGCUCCUCUAGAAGAUGCCCGUCAUCUUGCUCAGCGUUAUAGCCGAAUGAGGCAAGAAGCAGAGACCCAGGCAUCAGAAGUUACAAGAAGGCAAGCACGAGUUAGAGAAUCUCCAAUUCCCGAGAAUGUAACAAAGCUACAUGCAGCUGAAGCUAGAAUGCAGGAACUUAAAGCAAACAUGGCUGUAUUAGGUAAAGAGGCAAAUGCUGCACUCGCUGCUGUUGAAUCGCAACAACAAAGACUUACAUUCCAGAGACUCGUUGCAAUGGUUGAAGGAGAAAGAACUUAUCAUGAGAGAGUAGCUGCUAUUCUUCAUCAGAUAGAAGCUGAGAUGGUAUCCGACAAACAAAGGAGAGAGUCUGCCCCUCCUGCAGUUCCAGCGAAUCUUUUGUCAGAUAAAACAAAAUACUUUCUGGCUGUGGCAAUGCAUGGGUUUGAAGCCUCGUCUGAUAAGGAAUUAAGCCUGGCCAUUGGUGACUAUGUUGUAGUUCGGAAGGUGAGCCCUUCAGGAUGGUCGGAAGGAGAAUGCAGGGGUAGAAAUGGCUGGUUUCCAUCAGCUUAUGUUGAGAGACGUCAAAGGCUUCCUAAUGCCAAUGGAAAUCCCGACUUUUACUGAUCCACAUUUUUAUCGUCUUCACGUGUAUUUAUCUCUUAUCAGAGCCAUGUUAAAUUUGAGUUUUUGCAUUUCUUAUGUUUUCGGUUCAUAGGUUUUGUAUUUUGACAAUAUUGUAGCUGAUCAACAUCUAAACUAAGUGGAAUAUGUCGAUUAUCAAUUAUACCAAUGAACUGUGUUGACUUUGGUUCCAA